ACUACGAGUACGCCUCGCAUUGCUCAACCGUUAAUGAAGAGCCUGGACUAUGUAUGCCUGUGAAAUCCUGUCGCAAUAUUUACGAGAUAUUUCAGCAAACAGCUUCUACAAGCGGUGAUCUCACGGACGAUCAUAAAAACUUGAUUACAAAGUCAUAUUGUGGCACUUUUCGUAACGUGCAUCACGUUUGCUGCCUGAAAUCCGAAAUUCAGUUAAACAGCGAAGGCCUAGAAAUUUUAACGAACACCAGAUGCGGGAUAAAUCAUGCUAGCACAGUCUCCCGAGGCUUUGUGGCCGCUUUAUUUUCAUUCCCCUGGAUGGCUUUGCUCAAAUAUAAUAUCGGCGAACCCUUUAAAUGCGGUGGAUCGCUUAUAACCAAUCGCUAUGUAUUGACGGCAGCUCAUUGCGUUUACCGUCAGGAGGAUACAAUAGUUGGAGUGCGUUUGGGAGAGUAUAACAUAAGCAGCCUCUCAGACUGUACAAAUUCUCCGAUCAAGAGUGAAUGUGCGCCACCGGUCGAAGAUGUGGGUAUAGAAGAGAUUAUCAUCCCACACAAUUACCGUAAACAUGUCUUUCACGACGAUAUAGCGUUAAUACGUUUGGAUCGUACCGUCGAGUUUCGGCGUCAAUUAAAACCUAUCUGUUUGCCAAUAACUGAUGAGCUAAGAUCUGCACAUCACAGUCAUUACGUCAUUUCGGGUUGGGGAAGAACCGAAAAUGGAAACACAUCCGAUGUACUAAUGGUGGCGCUUGUCCGUCACAUUGAACGGCAAACCUGUCAAAAAGAUUUUGCAGUUUUGCCGCCUUUAAACGAGGAACACAUUUGUGCCGGUGGUGAAAAUUUGGUUGACUCGUGUCGCGGUGAUUCCGGCGGUCCUUUGGGAUUUCGCGACAAACAUUUAGGCCAUUUACGAUUUAUACAAUUUGGCGUUGUCAGUUUUGGCAUUAGUACGUGCGGGCAAGUUAAUCUUCCUGGUGUCUACACAAAUGUUUCUCAUUACAUGCAGUGGAUAACCGAUAAUAUUAGGAAAUAGAGAAGAGAAUCAUGACAAAAGGAAACAUUUUUAGAUGUAUUUGCUUUCUUUUGCCCUAUCACAUGAAGUAGGCUCCCAUUCAUAACGGAAAUACCUUUUCUUCCUUCCACAUGGCAGGAAAGCGUAACAUAAUCGAAUAUCCAUUAACAGUAAAGUCGAAAUAUAUUUCAACCAAAAUCUGCCUAAUAAAUUCCGAGAAAUAUUGAGUGUCAA